AUGAGCUUUGCCAUCUACAAAUCCAGACACUGCCCAGAGACUCUCAUGUGCCCAAGAACGGCCGAUGGUACAGGUCAAGCAUUAGCCAUUCCCGCCAAAAUUCAGACCAUUAUGAACGGUCACGCCAAGGGGAAGGAUAGGCCUCCGCAUAAACUUGGCCAAGACGACCUGACCAUGGGUGCGAAGGGGCAUCGACACGACUCCAAAACCAUCGCCGCCCUUCCAGCCUGUGGCAUGGCAUGUCGACUGCCAGGGGGCAUCCAUCCACCCCCCCUCGGAGCUGUGGGCCUUUCUCCACGCGGGCCGGUCCCACCCUCCCGCUACAACAUCUCCGCCUUCCAUUCGCCGGACAAGAAGCCAGGCAGCGUCAUUUCUCGGCGGGGAUACUUUCUCGACUCCACCAAUGACCUGGCCGCGCUCGACACGUCCUUCUUCUCCAUGCCUCGCGGCGAAGUUGAGACACUUGAUCCCCAGCAGCGCAUGCUUCUCGAGGUCACCAGCGAGGCCACUCCAGCGGCGAGAUUGCUGCCGCAUACGCCGCUGGUGGCCUCAGCGCCCGCGACGCUAUCAUUUCGCAAGGGCGCUAUGGCAGCUUUGGGCAUGAGUUGGGAGGCUGCCAGGAAGCAUCUCGUCCCCGGCGUGGUGCUCGCCUGUGACAACGCGCCAAACAGCGUAACCAUAUCGGGAGAUGCAGGUCCGUUGAUAGAGACGGUCGACCGCAUCAAGAAGUCGGUACCUGGAGUUCUAGCCACCAUACUCAAAGUUGAUAAAGCGUAUCACUCGCCACAUAUGGAAGAAAUUGGGGCUGAAUACCACGCGGCCAUGACCAACGCCGGCGUUGUGGCGUUGAAGGAGAGUUGCUCGUCCCCGCCGCGAGCAGUAGAUUUGGACCCAUAUACCGGCAGACCAACUUGGAGCGCCCUGUCUCCGCCAUUAAACAGCACGCUGGCCCCUCCACGCCGAUUUUCCUUGAAGUUGGCCCCCAUGCCGCCUUGGCCGGACCCCUUCCAUGUGCCCUUCAAUCUUCAGGAUUUGAUGCCGGCUGGCAACGCCCUCUCAGGUCUGCCCUCUUACUCCUGGGACCAUCAUCGUAGUCACUGGAGCGAAUCCCGCAUCGCUCGUGAGUGGCGCAUGCGUAAAUACCCACACCAUGAUCUUUUGGGUGCAAAGGUCCCUGACACGACAGACCUUGAGCCGGUGUGGCGGAACUUGCUGCACAUUGAGAAUGCUCCAUGGAUACGUGACCAUAAGAUCAACGCAGAUAUCAUCUUCCCCUUCGCCGGGUACGUCGCCAUGGCGGCGGAGGCUAUCCGUCAGAUCACCGGUAUCGAAGAAGCGGUUGAGCUUCGAAAUGUUGUCGUGCCCACCGCCUUGGUUCUCAACGAAAACUCUCCCAAAGAGCUUGUGACCUCUUUUCAUCGCCUCCGUCUAACAGAUUCACUGGACAGUGACUGGUGGGAGUUCAGCAUCGCAUCACACAACGGACGCAUCUGGAUAAAACACUGCUCCGGCGAGAUUCUUGCUCGGGAAGAAAAAAAUGCUAUGCGUAAUGGCGCUAUGCAGGAAGACCUACUGCGUAAAGUUUCCAGUAAAAGUUGGUACAAUACGAUGCGCCGUGAGAGCAUUGACUAUGGCCACCAUUUUACGAGUCUCGAACGCGUCACGACGGCGACGACCGGCGCACGAGUUGCUCACGCCCAAGUCCGCAACAAUUGGCAUGGAGAUGAGCAAUUCUACCACCUUCAUCCUGUCAUAUUCGAUUCAUACCUCCAACUCCUCAGUAUUGCGGCUCGGUACGGACUCACGCGUGACUACCGUCAAGUCCUUCCCGCCAGCGUGGGCUCGUUGAUCCUUCGCCGCAGUGCUGUUAACAAUCUUGUGGUAUCAGCGAUAGCUGAACCCGUCGGCAGCGGGGUCUGUGGAACAGGUACAGUUGCAGCUGGGGACAGACUCAUCAUCGAGGUCUUACAUCUUUUACAAUGGGUACCACAUAUUGAGACUGAAGCUUUCAGCACUCUUGUAAAGCCGACUAUGCCGGCAGCGAUGAUACAGCAUAUGCCAUUCGACCAAAAGAUCAUACACAGUGAUGACGCUCGUCAUCUCUGGUCGCUGCACUACUUAUAUGCUUUGAUGUUGGAAUGCCAUGUGAUGUGGGCUUGGUGGGCGCAUGCUGCGUGGCAUGACAGUUUUUGA